AUGUUCGGCACACUGGCGUUGCUUGUCGUGCUUUGCGUGGCGCUGUACUACCUCAGCUCACCCUCUCCCGGCACGGCAACUGGGGAGGGCUCCGACGAGCUUUUCCUCUACUGCGCCGCCGGCGCACGUUCGGCUGUCGAGGAGAUCGUCAAGCAAUAUGAAGAAGAGCAGGGGGUCAAGGUUCGCGUGCAGUAUGGCGGAUCGAAUACGCUGCUCAGCCAGUUGGAGGUGAGCAAGACCGGCGAUUUGUUCUUAGCGGCCGACGACAACUACACCACUUUGGCCCAGGAAAAGGGCUUGGUGGACGAAGUGUUCCCCAUCGCCGAGCAACGACCCGUGAUCGUUGUGCAAGCUGGGAACCCGAAGGGCAUCGAGUCGAUUGAUGAUCUACUUCGAGACGAUGUCCGCGUGGCGAUCGGCAAUCCUGACCAGACAGCCGUCGGCAAGGUGGUGCGGAAGAGCCUCGAAACCUCUGGCCAGUGGGAAAAGCUAGAAGACCAUGUGAAGGUGAUGAAACCUACGGUGAACGACGUGGCCAACGAUGUGGAGAUUGGCAGCGUUGACGCCGGCAUUGUGUGGGACACCAUCGCAGCCCUCCACCCAAAGCUCGAUGUUAUUCAAACGCCAGAGUUAAAUGCCGGAAUGGCCCAUAUCACGCUUGGCGUGAUGACUACGGCUAAGAACCCAACCGAGGCCCUACGCUUCGCCCGUUACGUUACCGCGCGAGACCGCGGAUUGGAGGUUUUUGCCGAUCAGGAUUACGUCGUGCCCCAAGGCGACGUGUGGGAAGAGACACCAGAACUCACGUUCUUCGCCGGCAGCGUGAAUCGCAACGCUUUAGAUCCAAUCAUCGAGCGAUUCGAGCAGCGUGAAGGCGUCACCAUCAACACUGUCUACAACGGCUGCGGCAUCCUCACGGCCCAGAUGCGAAGCAUACAGGACACCGCCAGCGGCGGCUUCCCCGACAUCUACAUGGCCUGCGAUGUGUACUACCUCGACACGGUAGCCGAGCUGUUCCAAAAGGGGAUCAACGUUUCAAACACCCCCAUCGUGAUUGUGACGCAGAAAGAUAAUCCCAAAGACAUCAAGACACUAGACGACCUGACAGCCCCCGGCGUGAGAGUGGUGCUUGGCCAGCCCGACCAGUGCACCAUCGGGGUGCUCAGCCGCAACCUGCUGCAAGACGCCGGCAUCUACGACAAGUUGAUGGCCGAGAACGUCGUAUCGCAAACCACGUCGUCGUCUUUGUUGAUUCCCGCCAUCACCACCGCCGCGGCCGAUGCCGUACUGGCGUACCGUACUGACACGGGCUCGGUGCUCGACCAAGUAGAAGUAAUCCCCAUCGACUCGCCACUGGCGAAGGCCGUGCAACCGUACAGCGUUGCCCGUUCCAGCGAUUUCCAACAACUGGGGCAACGCUUGUUCAAGGCCAUCUCCGAGUCGCGGCAGGAGUUUGAAAACGCCGGCUUCGAGUGGCAACUCAACUCUCAGCUUGCUCCAUCAGCGGAUGACAAUGCCGUCGAAGUUCCCUCGCCAGCCACGGGGGUCGGCUCAGACGUGCCGUUCUACACCACGCUGGCGGCCAUCGGCGGUGUGUAUCUCCUGCUGAUUGUGAUGAUGCUCUCGGCCGACGUGGUUUACAUGCUGCGCACUUCCGAAGCGGUCAGCUCUGAAUUCGCCACCGAGCACCCUCUUCUCGCAGGGCUGCUGAACAAUCCUAUCGGAAGGGCCCUGGCCGACGAGAACAUUCAGCAUUCCAUUUGGCUCACACUCAUCUCGUGCACCAUUACGACGAUUCUCUCGCUGUGGGUCGCGGUGCCGAUCGGCUAUCUUCUGUCGCGACACCAUUUUUGGGGCCGCAACUUGGUCGACGCCGUGCUCGAUAUCCCCAUCGUGCUGCCACCGCUGGUGGUCGGGUUAAGCCUGCUGAUUCUGUUUCAAUAUAUGCCUGUCUGGCUCCGCGACGCCGUGGUGUAUCAGGUGCCGGCGGUGAUACUUGCCCAGUUCAUGGUGGCGGCUGCCUUUGCCGUGAGAACGAUGCGGGCCACCUUCGAUCAAAUCGACGCCCGCCGCGAACAAGUGGCCCUCACCUUGGGUUGCACACGGGCACAAGCUUUCGGAACGGUGGUCUUGCCCGAAACAAAACGCGGUCUGCUCACGGCUGGAACCCUGGCCUGGGCGCGUUCGCUAGGGGAAUUUGGCCCGCUGCUGAUCUUUGCCGGGGCCACCCGAGGGAAGACCGAAGUACUUUCGACCACGGUGUUUUUAGAGUUGAGUAUCGGCGACCUGGAAGCCGCCGUGGCGGUUUCGCUUAUCAUGGUAAUGGCGGCCGUGGCCGUGUUGGUUAUUGCGCGGAAUUGGUUGAUGAUUCGGGUCGAGAACCUCUCCGUUCGAGCGGGUGAAUUCCAGUUGGAAGACGUGUCAUUCACCAUUCCCAGUGGAUGCUACGGACUUCUCAUGGGUCGCACCGGCAGCGGAAAAACAACGCUGCUGGAAUGCGUCGCCGGCUUGAAACGGAUCGAGUUGGGUCGAAUCAUCCUCGGCGAUCAAGACGUCUCCCAGCUUCGCCCGGCAGAACGCAACAUCGGCUACGUUCCCCAAGACGGGGCCCUGUUCCCGACGAUGACCGUGUCUGAGCACCUGGCCUUUGCCCUGGUGAUUCGACGCGUUCCCCAGUCGCACAUUACCGCCCGGGUCGAACAGUUGGCCGAAAUGCUGGAGAUCGGCCACUUGCUCAAUCGUUACCCAACCAACUUAAGUGGGGGUGAGAAACAACGCGUAUCGCUCGGACGUGCACUAUCCUUCGGUCCAACCACGCUGUGUCUCGACGAGCCGCUAAGUGCCCUGGACGAAGACACCCGAAUGCAGAUCAUCGACCUGCUCAAACGCGUGCAGCGAGAAACGGGGGUGACGUGCCUGCAUGUUACCCAUAGUCACAAAGAAGCCAACCUUUUGGCCGACGUGCGGCUCGAACUGCUGGAUGGCCGCAUCGAGGUGGAAGACAACUCGUCAAACCUUAACGAUUCAGGCUCGGUCGAACCGGCUGCCGACGCUCAAUCGAGGGCAUCGUGA